AAGCUUAUGUUUGUGGAUUUAGAUGGAGGGCAGGUAUGAUGGAGUUACGAGCAGUGAUAUCAAAAUUAGACGGGGGGUGCGGAACGAGGGUGCAAGCAGAGAUGGGAAGAGACUGUUGUCCUCCAUUCUGGGCGAACAAUCAGGGAGCGAGCAGCAGCAGGAUUGCAACUGGUGGAGCAAUUCCACGCUGUCCUCGGGCUCGGAUGCAUCGUACACGAAGGACACAGACGGCCAUCGCACCCCGAUCGUGGCGGAGAUGUUGGCACCUCGAGAUGGUGGUCCCGACGUUGACUAUUUUUCCACAAACCGAGCUGCUGCCUGGAUGCUCGCGGGGCAGCAGGCCCCACCGGGACGAGGCUUCCGGUUGGUCCUGCGAUCGGUUAUCGGCGACGCCAUGUCAAUGCAGUCAAGAGAUUUUCCGUGACUGCGGAAACUGCUCGCUGUCCAAAACUCUGAGGUGGCUGUACGCUCCACAUUCUGCGCGGAGCAUCGUUUUCUUAUUCUCGGACAAUUGCUAAUUCGCCGACAUUCCGCC